UCAGCCCGGAUCGACACGAUACGGGCGGACCUACAAUCAUCUUCUAGAGUCAAGGUCUUCAGCUCAACCUCGACUUCAUCUUAUUUAUCACUACUAUAUACCAAUCAUUGGAAGGCGUUCUACGACAUCCGAUAAACCCUUUUCGCUCAAUCCUCAUCGAGACAGGUCACACUCCUCUUCGCCGACAAGCGGAGCUUCGCGUUCCCGACCAGGAUCGACUGCGAUCGACACCUAAAUAACGACCGGCGUAGUAAGCGACAAUACUACACGGUUCCAUCAGGAAAAGAUGGAAGCUACUACUACUACCGCAGGCUCGAGCUCAAGCCCGAGAAGGGGUUCGACGACGAUGCUGCACAAGAUGCGUCCGUCGCCUUACCGGAUCCCCGUCAAAUUCACUUCCCGACUCUCAACGGAACCUACCCCGAUCAAGGAUACCAAAACUUCCAGUGUCAACACCGAUAGCAAAUUUGGCCCUGGUAACGCCGACGAGGUCUUCCCUACCACACACGCUGCCACUCCUACUACCGCUACCACCGAGAACGUCGAUCCUGCAGCUCCUGGAGCUGAGGUAAAAAACGACAAAGUCGAUCAUACAGUAUCAGGAGGAGAAGCAAUGCCAUCUACGACUGACGAUCAUCCCACCACUACCUCCACUACCGUUCAUGCUACCGGUAUGACAUCAUCUCCGUCCACACCCUCACCUGUGCUCAGGUCCGAGUCCACCCACACUUCGAAUCCAACGGACACCUCGAUCUCUGCACAGAGGCAAACCUUGGCUUCUACCUACAGACUCGUCAAUCCGGAGGAUGAGAAGGUUAUCAAGGCACACCUCUUGAAUCUGAGUGGUGGUGGUAGUGGUAGGAGGAUAAAGACCUUCAAUGCAACCCCGAUUCUGGGGUCGAGGUCAAGUAGUGACUGUAGCACUACCCAGAUGCAGGUUGGACAGAAGGAUACGCAGAGAGACGACAACAAAACGGGAGUCGAAGGAUCUGGAGCCAACUCGAACGGACUGACUGAGGAAGAAGCGGUCCCGAAGUUCAGGCCGAGUAAGCGGAAGGGGAUGGCUUACAACAUCUCGAUGAUGACCUUUGGAGUCGGGUCGGCGUCGUCGUCGGCGUCUUCGGCCUCGUCUUCGGGGUCGGGGUCGAAAUCGGCUUGCUCGUCUCCCUUCAAUAACCGUUUAGAUUCCAUUUCCACGGUAAACGCUAUACAACCUACCCAGAUCACGCCAUCUUCGACGACAACGACCCCAAAGACAAGAGCAAAGCCGAUGGAAGAUCCGUAUCAGUUGAUCUUGCGAGGUUGUCUGGAUGGAAGGUGGAAGGGAGAAGGGAAUUAUCGGAGCUUGAAAGUCUGGCCGGGCAAAAAUGGAUCUUCAUCGUCGUCGUCUUCUGGAGGGUCCCCAACCGUAUCGAUCAUUUCAACCCGAUCUGCAAACGCCAAAAAGACGGCUGCUCAAAAUCAAACUACCGGAGGGAAGUCUAAGCAGAAAAAGGGCGGAGCUGCGACAGCCACCAAAACGUCUGACACGGGUUCGAGUGCGAGAGGCGGGAAAGAAUCAUCGGCGAACGCUAGUAUCAAGGAGAGUGUCAAGUCCGCACUUAAUGUGCCCGGAUUGACGACGACGGUCCCUAGCCCGAGUCCUCUUCGGAUGGCUUAUUCGCAGCCCAACAGUCCGGAAGAAGAGAGUAAUGCAGCCGGGUCGGGCGACCAGGAUCCCGACCGACUGGGCGUAUCGUCAUCGCGGCGAGCGAUUAGGGCUUCGAGCGAGAGCGUGAUGGCGGAUCCGUCGGGUAGCAAAAAACGACGCAGAGGUUCUGGUGGGGAUGAUGACGAGGCGACGAUGACGGCGAUGGAACGUGCUGGAUCUUCCCCGCCCGCAAAACGGCAGUCCAGAGCGGCUGCCGUCCCGAGUGCGGUGGGAAAGAGGAUUAGUCCGAGGUUGAGCCACGCGUUGCCGGUCAGAUACGAAAACAAUGGGCUUGGACCUGACCCGAGUAGUACCACACAGACAAACGGAUCGGAGGAUGAACCUGAUAGGGAUCGUCAUCGACGAGGGAGGUCGGGAGCGCCGGAGUCGGGCGUAGGGAGCGGUCAACCAACGGACGCAUCGGGGUUGGGGAAGAUGUUGCUCAAGCGCGAGGUCGAGAAGAAGAAACGGGCCGCGACGCAUAGUCCACCGGGUGCUAACGCCGAUAUCGAGAAAAAUCAGGAAAGUGCAGCGGCAACGACGACCGCGGCCUCGACGACGGCGACAGCGUCCGCAAAGAAAUCGCCCAAGUCUGGCAUGCGACGGACAUUGUCGCACGAUACGGCCACAAUGAAGGGUGAAGGAGAUGCAGAGCUGGGAAUGGCUGCAGGGCGGAGUCGACGAGAGGUCGGACCGCCCAGGCAUCUGAGGGAUUACGAGAUGGAGAUCACGGUUUGAAGAUGAUGACUGCGUUUGAUUGGGGACAUAUAGACUCUCUUGUCUUUUUUCUUUCUUUUUCGAUUAUACCCUUUGACGGUCGCACGAUAUUGUAAUCGGUGUUGUAUACGCGAGCCUCGACCGGAUUACGAGCUACGAGACGAUAUACGGGAUCUGGUGGAAGAGGUUGAAACUGCUCGACAGUAGCCAAACAGCAAGACG